GCAAACGUAAAAAAAAUAAUCCUAUUCUCUCCUUUUCCCUCAACACUUCUCAAUCCUUGAUUCCCACUUCCUCGAUUAGUGUCCCCUUUUAUUGUUCUUCUUCGACUAACAAACCCUAACUUCAUCUUUCCUUUCCACCUUCACGAUCGAUUUCCUCAUUUUUUGAACCCUGAUUUCUUUAAUUUUUUACUAAAUUUAUACAAUCAACUAUUUUUUAGAAGUUACAUCGAUUUUUUUUGUAGUGAGUUUGCAUUUUUUUGAUUUUUCUUAUGCAUUCGUCAGCUCAGUGGACCGGUUCAUGCACCAAGUUUGAGUGUUUGACGAGUUUGAGCUCGAUUUGGAGGUCCUGAAAUGGCGGAGGUUGCUUUUUUAGAGAGAGAAAGUGGUCGGUGAUUCUGUCAUUUUGAGUUUGCUUACCAUGAAUGCCGAUCAAUCUAGGGCUGGUCCUGUGGAGAGAGAUAUUGAGUUGGCAAUUACUGCUUUGAAGAAGGGGACAAAUCUGUUGAAGUACGGGCGAAGAGGGAAGCCCAAAUUCUGUCCAUUUAGAUUGUCUAAUGAUGAAUCUCUUCUAGUAUGGUUCUCUGGGAAUGAUGAGAAACAUUUAAAGCUCAGUCACGUUUCCAGAAUAAUUCCUGGGCAGCGCACACCUAUCUUUCAAAGAUAUCCUCGGCCGGAGAAGGAAUACCAAUCAUUUUCUCUGAUAUAUAGUGACCGGUCUUUAGAUUUGAUUUGUAAGGAUAAAGAUGAAGCAGAAGUCUGGUUCACUGGUCUAAAAGCACUAAUAUCACGCUAUCAUCGAAGACCAAGAGUGGAACCUAGAAGUGGACUGUCAUCUGAAGCUAAUAGUCCUAAAGCUCAUACCCAAAGGAGUUCUCCAUUAAGCUCUCCCUUUGGUAGUGGUAGUGGCGAUGGUUCUCAAAAGGAUGGAAUUGAUUCCCUUUAUCCAUAUGAGAGUCCUCAGAAAAAUGGCUUGGAGAAGGCACUCUCGGAUGUAAUUUUGUAUGCUGCACCUGCCAAAAGCUUUAUACCCCCGGAGUCUGCUUCUGGCUCUGUCCAUUCAUUCUCUUCUGGAGGGUUUGAUGGUUUGAAUGGAAGAAGUAGAGGUAAUGGUGGUGAUACUUUCCGUGUUAGUCUGUCAAGUGCUGUUAGUUCGUCAAGCCAUGGCUCUGGUCAUGAUGAUGGUGAUGCUCUAGGUGAUGUUUACAUUUGGGGAGAAGGCACAGGAGAUGGUAUUCUGGGUGGUGGAGCACUCAGGCUUGAUAGUUCUUUGGGUGUGAAAUUGGACUCAACUACGCCAAAAACAUUGGAUUCAGCUGUACUUCUUGAUGUUCAGAAUAUAGCAUGUGGUGGAAGGCAUGCUGCGUUGGUGACCAAACAAGGUGAAGUUUUUACAUGGGGGGAAGAAUCUGGAGGCAGACUUGGGCAUGGAGUGGAUUCUGAUGUCUCGCAUCCAAAACUUGUCGACUCUCUAAAGAACACAAAUAUUGAACUGGUUGCUUGUGGAGAAAAUCAUUCCUGUGCUGUAUCACUUUCUGGUGAUUUGUACCUAUGGGGUGGUAGAAAAUACAGUUUUGGUCUUUCUGGACAAGGUGAUGAAAUGAGUCAUUGGAUACCGAAGAGACUGAUUGGAUCAUUAGAAGGGAUACACAUCUCUUCAAUUUCAUGUGGACCUUGGCAUACAGCUAUCGUCACCUCUGCUGGACAGCUGUUCACUUUUGGUGAUGGUACCUUUGGUGUCCUUGGACAUGGGGAUCGUACAAGUCUGUCUGCUCCAAGGGAAGUUGAGUCUUUAAAAGGACUGCGAACAGUGCGUGCUGCUUGUGGUGUGUGGCAUACUGCUGCAGUUGUUGAAGUUAUGGUGGGAUCCUCUAGUUCAAGCAAUUGCUCUUCAUGCAAACUAUUCACUUGGGGGGAUGGGGAUAAGGGUCACCUUGGGCACGGGGAUAAGGAAUCAAAACUUGUGCCGACAUGUGUUGCAGCUCUUGUUGAACCCAAUUUUUGUCAGGUUGCUUGUGGCCAUAGUUUGACGGUUGCUCUUACAACUACUGGUGAGGUUUACACAAUGGGUAGCCCUGUCUAUGGUCAAUUAGGUAACCCUCAAGCAGAUGGGAAGCUACCUAUACGAGUAGAUGGAAAACUGGCGAAAAACUUUGUUGAGGAGAUCUCUUGUGGGGCUUUUCAUGUUGCCACUUUGACUUCAAGAACUGAAGUUUACACUUGGGGAAAGGGUGCCAAUGGUAGAUUAGGUCAUGGGGACACAGAUGACAGAAAUAGCCCAACAUUAGUUGAAGCACUGAAAGACAAACAAGUAAAAAGUAUUGCAUGCGGUACAAAUUUUACUGCAGCUGUUUGUCUUCACAAAUGGGUAUCAGGUGUUGAUCAGUCUCAAUGCUCUGGGUGUCGCGUAGCUUUCAAUUUCAAAAGGAAAAGACAUAAUUGCUAUAAUUGUGGCCUUGUAUUUUGUCAUUCGUGCAGCAGCAGAAAGUCCCUAAAAGCUUCAAUGGCACCUAAUCCUAAUAAACCUUAUCGUGUCUGUGAUAAUUGCUUUGGCAAACUGAAGAAAUCAAUUGAAAGUGACUCGUCUUCAGUUUCUUCUUUGAGUAGAAGAGGAAGUAUUAAUCAACGUUCAAACCAAAACAUUGAAUAUCAGGAGAAAAAUGGUACGCAGGCUCUUGUGCCACUGCCCAAGUAUUCUACUGUGGAACCCUUUAAAGAUACUGAAAGUCUAUCUUCCAAGAGGAACAAGAAAAUGGAAUUCAACAGUAGUCGUGUGUCGCCCCUUCCUAAUGGAUUUACUCAUUGGGCGGCACUUAGCACAUCCAAGUCUGGUUCAUCAAAGAAAUUCUUUUCAGCUUCUGUUCCUGGGUCGCGCAUAGUUUCUCGAGCAACUUCACCUACAUCAAGGCGUUCCAGUCCUCCUCGAGCUGCAACACCAAGUCCAACUAUGGUAGUCCUUUCUUCACCAAAUAAAGUUGUAGAUGAUGCUAAGAGGACAAAUGAUCAUCUCAGUCAUGAAGUUUUGAAGCUAAGAGCUCAGGUGGAAGAACUUGCUCGGAAAACACAACUUCAAGAAGUUGAACUGGAAAAAACUUCUAAACAGCUGAAGGAGGCUAUAGUAAUUGCAGGAGAAGAGACUGCUAAGUGCAAAGCUGCAAAGGAAGUGAUCAAGUCACUUACAGCUCAAUUGAAAGAGAUGGCUGAAAGAUUGCCCCUUGGAACAGUAAGAAACAGCAAGACAUCUAUACCAGGUUCCCCUGGGCCAAAUGCUUCCAAUGAUUUUUCAAAUGUAAUGGAGCGAAUUAACAGUCCAGUGUCGGUGCAUGAAAUUGGCUUGAAUUGGUCAAACCGUCAAGAUACUUUUAAUGGGCCAACUACUCCCAGCAGUUGGACGACACAUAACUCAGUAAUGGGUCUGUUGGAGGCUUCUUCCAAGAAUAGGAACAGGACAUCUGAUGGUGAAGCUAUUAAUGGAUCUGAAUGGGUGGAGCAAGAUGAGCCUGGUGUUUACAUAACUCUCGUGUCACUACCUGGAGGUGUCAAAGAUCUAAAGCGUGUCCGUUUCAGUCGAAAACGCUUUAGUGAAAAAGAAGCAGAACAAUGGUGGGCUGCAAACCGAACUCGAAUAUAUCAGCAGUAUGAUGUUCCCAUGGUUGACAAGCCUGGCAUUGGUGUGGGAAGGGAAGGCGUAGCUCAUUAACCAAGCAUCAGGAACUCUGAUUUGUGUUAACAAUUUUAGAUUUUAGGAAAUUCUGUGUCAGCAGAAGCAAGGUUAGCCAUGCUUCUUUUUCUUUACCGUUUUACACCAUAACAAGUGUGCUUUUCAUCCUCUCUUCUUUCCAAUGGGAAAUUCAGAGUUCAAAGUUGCUCUCCGUAAAAGUUUGUAGGUAGGAAAUUGUAUAUACUCUAGAGAAUAGGCUGUCAGCUUCAAAUAUGGGAUGCUAUUCGUGUAUAUUCAUUAUCCAAUGUAUAUUCGGAUUGUACAUCUUAUAUUGAAGAUGGCAUCAAGUUCCUGACCCAAUUUGUUUGUUUUGAUAAGUACAUCUUAUUGAUAAAUCGAAGACAUACAAUGCCCCACAUCCUUGCUUGUUUUG